AAAAACAUAUGAAGGCCCUCUGCCAAUUCGCUUCCUUUCUUCCGCAAAAUGGCGGACAAUGCCCUAGCAAAUCCAAUCCCCUCCGUCGCCGCCGCCCACGACGACGAUGAGGACCCCGAUCUUAUCAGCCUCCUACCGGAUUGCAUCCUCGCCACCAUCCUCUCCCUUCUCCCCCUCCCUGCCGCCGGGCGAACCCAAAUCCUAUCCCACCGCUGGCGCCGCCUAUGGCCCUCCGCGCCACUCCACCUCCUCGACUCCCACCUCCCCGUCCCCACCUCCUCCCUCUGCGUUGCCAUGUCCCGGAUCCUCGCCUCCCACUGCGUCAGCGCUGUGAGGUUCCAUAUCCUCCUCGCCCGUCCCUCCGCCUCCGACCUCGACUCCUGGUUCCGCUCCCUCGCCGCCAAAAGCCUCCAGGAACUCGUCCUCCGGCUGCCCUCCGACGACACCCUUCGCCUCCCUCCAUCAUUCCUCUCCUUCCGGUCCCUCAGCACCGCGGAGCUCACCAACUGCCGCCUCCCCGAGGACGGCGAAGUCUAUUUCCCGCACCUCGGCGAGCUGACCCUCCGCCUUGCCAUCGCCCCAUCCGCCGCCGCGCUCCAUGGCCUCCUGAUCGGCUGCCCCAAGCUUGGCAGCCUAUCGCUCGACCGCGUCUUCGGCUGCCGGACCCUCCGCGUGCGGUCCUGGAGCCUCCGCAGCCUCACAGUGUCGGUCUCCCUGACGCCGUGGCGCGUCCAGGAGAGGGGCGCCAUUGAGCUGGAGCAUCUCGUCGUCGAGGAUGCGCCCGCCCUGGAGAGGCUGCUGGCACACGACAUCAACUGGGGCCCAUCGAUAAAUGUAGCGCGUGCGCCGAGGCUGCAGAUGCUCGGCUACCUUGGGAUCGGUAUCCCGGAGCUGCAGCUCGGCUCGGCGUUGUUUCGUUCCAUGUGCGCUGUUAGACUGGCGGCGGACCUCCGGUCUGUGAGGACGCUGGCGCUGGAGAUGUCAGAUCCGCAGCUGAAGUUUGUGGCCGACUUCCUGAUGUGUUUCCCCUGCUUGGAGACGCUCCAUGUCACGUCUCACAUGGUUAUUCCUCAGGGCAUGAGAAUAUUGAAUUAUGAGAUGGGUGAUGAUCGCAUAGAGUGCCUCAGCCAUCACCUCAAGAAAGUAGUGCUGAAAGGUUACUUGGGGCGAAAGCAUGAGAUGCAGCUUGCCAUUUCCCUUGUUCGUCAUGCUAGGGUUCUACAGGUUUUCAAAUUCUUGUGUGAAAAUGAGUGCAACAGCAAAUGGGUGACAAACCAGAAAAGACAGUUACAGGUGGACAGCCGGGCAUCUUUGCUGGCUCAAUUUGUUUUUGAGAAAUUCAGCAAGGGCUACAUCAGGUUUUCGAAGUCAGCAAGUAACAUAUCUUUAGUUGAUCCAUUUGAUACUUAAUAACCCUGAACUAUUAAAUAAAUGUUCUCUCUAUUUUCAUGCCAUUAAUUUAAUCACAGAUAGAAAAUGGGAUCCUUUUCUGAU